UCUACGCCUUACGUCUCUAUAUCUCCCUCGCUCCCUCCUGCCCUCUCUUGUGUAACAGUGCCCAGUGCUGGGUUACCAACAUCUGAGGCUGCUGAAGUGAGGGUUCUGUGGCAGGCUUCGACCCACAAUGGUGAGGUGGGGCAUAAGCGAGACCAGCCGACGUCGGCGUAUUUGUCUGCUUUUCAACAGCCCUCACACUUCUUUUUAACUCCCGCUGCAGUUCGCUGAAAUUGAAUGCACACAAUCCAGUGCAGAAGUAAGCUCUGGAGUGCAUGUGGAGACCUGGCCGUGCAGAAGUGUGUGUGUGUGUGUGUGUGUGUGUGUGUGUGUGUGUGCAUAUGCACAGUACUUUGUGUGUGUGUGUUGUUGUUAAGGUGGGUGUUUCAGGAUGUGUGGUUACAAAGGGGCUCGGGGUAUGCUCUAGUUAAGAAGGCUGAAAGAGCUGUCUGCGUGCAAAGACACUCUGGGGGGGGGGGGGGGGGGGGGGGGGCAGUACUUGCUGCCGUUGUGUGUUUGAAGCAUUGCACCAGUGUUUGUGCCCGGUUCCGGCCCGUCUCCACUGUUUCGAAUGUGUGACGAGUGACAGCAGCGCUGUGAUGAGGGAUUAGUUAUGGAUUAGUGACAUAAGGCAUUUUUGCCUCACUGCUAUUAUUUAUCUGUACGAAUCUGUGUAGGAUUUAAAAACACAAUACCACCAGCAAUCUGUCCACCAGCUGACAGCCAUGACUUGUCAGUGGCUCUUCAGGCCAGUUUGAGUUUGAUUGUAAUAAAAGCGCUGUGACAAGUGGAAAAAUGUAGUCAAAUGAAAGACAAAAUGCCUGAUGGCUUGUUGGCACCACAGCAACCACAGCACUCGUGCAAGCAAGGCACUGAUCGUGUCCGAUAACGGUUAGAGAUCGGUUAACGAGGGCUAUCGGGCAGGAAAACAUUAAUCUAAAUAAGCAUCCCAAGUAAAUUCUCUAAACAGCGAAGUCACUUUUAUAUAUGAAGCCCAGUAUUGAUCCUUAUCAAAAAUGUUUGUUUGUUAUAUGUUUAAUAAAAUAAAUGUUAAAUACAUCAGUAUCGCAUAUCUGAGUACUGUGUACAAUACAUUUUCACGCUUUCUUUCCGCCCCGUGAAGUCAUUUCCACCAGGCCUCCCCGCCAGACUUCCAGGGAUAUUUCCAUUGUAACAGUCCAAGUCACCCUCCGCUCUGACAUGUUUUUAGGACUAAUCCCCUCGUAAUCGGUUAGUAUUUAUCAUUUGUAAAGUUCCACCUAUAAUCUGCUCUCUGGGAUCGUGGAAUGAGAGAAAGCGCAACAGAUCGGGUUUGCCCCCCUGCUGAGGAUAAGGGGGUCAGGGGCAGUCUGGGUCAGAUGUCUGGUCUGUUGUGGUCUAGUCAAGACUCUCUGUUCACGCAUGGCUGGACGGAUAUUUAUCUAUUUGGCAUUUAAUUUAACGCUGAACUAAUCCCGUGGUUAACCUCCAACAACAGAGGAUCCUCGAUGGCCACAGCGUGCAGUGCUCUGCGUUGGUGUAAACUCUAAUAUGUAUCGUGUAUCAUUCCCUCCUGUACGAACCCCGGCACACGUUUACCACCCUUACUGAUUCUCAUGCAGCGCCUCCGUCUCUCGCUUCACCCGUCUCUUCUUUCACUCGUCUCCUGUUUCCUCUCGUGUCAUAGAAACAGGUCAAGUGAUUGACAAGCAGGCCGUGUGUCCCUUUUGAUUCAUCUGUUGAAUGCAAAAUGGCGACGGAUGCUUCAUCAGCAGUGCAGUGACAUGCAGUACAUGUCUUGACAUUUCCAAAAGGCAAUUUCAAGCUUUUUCCAAUUUAGUCGUAUAGUAAAUGUCGCUCACAGUUAAUUUCAUCUGAAUGAAGUCAUUCUGACAAACAGGAGCUGGACAAUGAGCACGCCAGGCUUAGAUGUCCUCAUUAAACAGUGGUAAUAUUUAUGUUUAUAUGAGUUAUUGAGGACAUUAAUAGAAAGCACCGUGCCACAUAAUAUGAAGUGAGAUUCAGCCCUUUGCACCGGCAGCGACUACGACAGUAUUCUGCUCCGCAUUCGCCGCUCUGAAGUGACACAAGAUCUGCUGAGCCGACACAUGGGUCUUAUUUUUAUCUCACUGUCAUGGGUUUGUGUCGUACCGCGUACGAGAAGAGAAAGCACCUAAAUGCUCGCCCACUGUUGGAAGCUUUCCGAUAUUAUCUCCUCAGCAUGGGCUUCAUGAAGGCGCUAUUGUGUCACCAUCUGCCUGCUCUCUCCGCUGGGUUAUAUUAAUCAAUAAUAAGCCUUUGUAGUGUGUCUGGGGUGCUGGUGAAAGGCUAUGAUUUAGGAUGUGAAAUGCACGAUUUCCAUGACUCAUUUGGUCUGUAUGUCGCAAUCCAAAAACAGUUUGUUGAAUCAUUGACAUUUACAUGCAUUUGUCUUUCCAAGGAAAAAGUCAAGAGCUGCAACUAAAGGUUAUUAUUAUGUUUGAAACAUCUAUCAGGUGACUCAUCUUCAUCUCAUCCAACACUUUUUAUUUCAUUUUUUUUUUUAAAUCAGAAAUAAUGUUUUAAAAUGAUUUUUAUUUAAACUUUUUUCAUCCAUGAUAAUCCCAUCGAGAUUAUGAAUUUGUAGUAAUCUACAGCUUUUCAUAAUAUUCCUAAAUGCUUGUGUUGUACUCUACCUGCCUAUGAUAAAUUCUACUGUAGAGUUUACUUCCAUGUGUCUAAAACGUGUUCUUAUUACAAGGCUGACUUGGAAAAACAACUCCUAAAUAGAAUAAAACGAGUCAUCUUGAGGAGAGAUUUUAAAAACGUAAUAAUUCAACUAACUUGGUUGGACAGCAUAGUGUGAUGACACCACGGUGUAAGAUGAUCUGGAGGAGCCAGAUUGGUCUCUGCAGUCCAGCUUCGUCAUCACUGAUCUCCAGCAAGACAACUUGGCAGCGACCAGCUGGCGUAGAUCCAGAGAGUUAUCUUUAAUACGUCAGUGUGAUGCUAAUGUGAAAAUCCUUUACCGCUCACUGUAUACUGUACGUGUGACAGCUUUGUCACCCCCUUCCUUGGCACACCGAUGGGGCCUCGGAUGGCUAAUGGUGCGUCGGAUUAGCCAGCAAUGGCACACAGUAGUUAGGGAGGUUUAACCCAAUGAUCCCUGCUUAAACACGAGCUUUAAAUCCACACAGCUGAUAUCCAGCCGUUCACUGGGGCCGCUAUACCUACUCACUGCUUCUUCAACACUUAUGCAGUUAUUCUCUCUUUUAACACAGCUUUUAACUGAACACUGCAGUAUGUGUGCAGAUGUGCUGGAUUUAUGUCUUAAAGCGUUUGUGAACAGUGAACACGGUUGGGUCUGGUUUGGAUGAGUGGCGGUGUCAAACACUACAGUAAGAGUGCACAACCCAGAUGAUCGGUCAACAUACCUGAGAAGUGGAUGGGAUAAAUAUUUGCCUGCUUGCUGUGUUUUGCAGCAGAGGAAGUAACGUGUCAUCAUUAGCUUUGGCUUUGCUGUCCUGUAAACCUGAGUGUUCUUCCCUUUCAAACCAGUUUGUAUGUAAUCACUGAUUCGUCAAGAAACAGACGUGUGCUUUGAUUCAAAGGUACACUUUGUACUAAUGCACCACCGGAAUCAUGGUUACAGAUAUUCUAAAGCAAUAAGAGCUUAUAACUAUAACUUUCAGCAGUUGCCAUUGCUUCCAAUUCAGCCCUAGAUCUGCUGAAAGUUGUCUUUUUUCCACACAAGUCACUUUUGAAGUACUGCGUUAGUCAGACUGGCGUUCAACAUACAUUAGUUCAUGCUAAAGUGCUGUUGAGGAGCACUCCAUUUAUUUAUUGAUGACAUUUUACUCUUAAGUGUCAACAGCAUGCAACCGAUGUGAGGCCUGAGAUAUAAUUCAUUAUACAUCAAAGUUGCUUUUAGAUUCUUGGUAAAUGAUGAGAUUAUGGAGAUUCUAUAGCAAAGAAAAUGAUGAAGCAGAAAGGACUAAACCAGCCAUAAACACACAGCAGCAGAGUAAAUUUCCUUAAAUAAUGCAAAUCAGCUAUUUUUCUUCCUCAGUCUUUGGGCAAAAACAUCGACCCUGUUAAUAAAAUCCAGCGUUGUGAGCUGAUCAUAUGCAGCUGCCAUAAGGCGAGAAGGCUGAGACAUCACUAAGUCAUCUCAGUUGUCAGUUUGUUCUUUGUCCACCCCUCUUGAAAAUCUAGGUCAAGUCUCAGAACGAGCUAAUCAGUGAACCUGACAUGCAAAGGCCAGUUAAGGUUAUUCAGCAACAUUUAACAGACCUAGAGCUGUACAAGUUCUGCACUCGCAUAUAGCUAAGACUUGUAUAAAAAGGGAACACGCUUCUUAUAGUGUUGGCCCAACAUGAAUGUGAACAACCUCAAAUUAAAUUGUUUCAUUUAAAGUUCGAGUCCAAAGCCAAACAAAUAAAGUGUCACCGUCCAAAUACUUCUGUCUGCAUUUAUUCUGUACAGUAUUUAUAUUUAUAUCGCAGUAGCUGCUGUUAUCAAUGAAUCUAAUGUUUUCAUCGACACUGAAGCAAAGCCAGUUUUACACGACACAAAUGAAAGUGAAAGUGAAAUUACACAUUUCAUCCGUCAUGACAGCUGCAUAUGAAAAUAAGUCAAAACACUCCUACAGGUCUUUACAUAGUACUGUGUGCUAUUUACAUAAAUGGUAAAAAAUAUACAAGAUUUGUAAAACUGGCAUGAAACAAAAGAAAUGACUAUUUUAAACUCAGGAGAUCUAUUGUGUUGGGGCCGGUUUAGUCUCAACAGGAAAAGAAAGAUGGAGGGUGAUGGGAGACAGAUUGUAUACAUUCUUCCUACACAAACACACGGAUCAUUUUGGCCAAUCUUUUUUUAGGUGGUUCCACCCCAACAUCACCGGAAUCGAGGCAGAGCAGCUCCUGUUGACCCGGGGCGUCCACGGCAGUUUCCUGGCCCGGCCAAGCAAGAGCAAUCCGGGGGAUUUCACCCUCUCUGUCAGGCGCAACGAUGAGGUGACCCACAUUAAGAUCCAGAACUCGGGUGACUACUACGACCUGUACGGAGGCGAGAAGUUCGCCACGCUGGCCGAGCUGGUGCAGUAUUACACCGAACAACAGGAUCUCCUGCGUGAGAGGAACGGCCAUGUCAUCGAGCUCAAGUACCCACUAAACUGCAAGGACCCGACCUCUGAGAGGUGGUACCAUGGGCACCUGUCUGGACGAGAUGCAGAGAAGCUGCUCACAGACAAAGGCAAAGCCGGUAGCUUCCUGGUGCGGGAGAGCCAGAGUAAACCGGGCGACUUUGUUCUCUCAGUUCUCACCAAUGAGGAGAAACACGAGAACGUGGACCGCAAGACCAAGGUCACCCACGUUAUGAUCCGCUUCCAGCAGGACGGUAAAUACGACGUGGGCGGCGGUGAGAGGUUCGACACUCUGGCUGACCUGGUGGAUCACUACAAGAAGAACCCCAUGGUGGAGAAAAGCGGCAUCGUAGUGCACCUCAAACAGCCCUUUAACGCCACGAGGAUAAAUGCAGCAAACAUUGAGAACCGGGUACGAGAGCUCAACAAAGUAGCAGACAACUCUGAAAAACCCAAACAAGGAUUCUGGGAAGAAUUUGAGGUACUUCAGCAGCAGGAGUGCAAGCUGCUGUAUCCCCGGAAAGAAGGCCAGAAGGCAGAAAACAAGAGUAAAAACAGAUACAAGAAUAUCCUCCCCUUCGACACAACUCGGGUUGAACUCAGGGAGGCAGAUCCAGAUGUUCCUGGUUCAGACUACAUCAAUGCCAACUACAUCAGAACUAUGCAUGAAGAGGGGCGCCAUGUGGAUGAGGGCAAAGUCUUCAUCGCCACCCAAGGGUGCCUACAGAACACGGUCGUUGACUUCUGGAAGAUGGUGUAUCAGGAGAACACACACGUCAUCGUCAUGACCACAAAAGAGAGAGAGCGAGAUCGGAACAAAUGUGUCCGUUACUGGCCCGACCUCCACGGCACUAAGGAGUUUGGGAAGGUGCUGGUGAGGAACGUGGACGAGCAGCAGGCACAAGACUACGUCCUGAGGAAGCUGGAGGUGACCCGUCUGGACCGGAGUGAGCCUCUGAGGUACAUCUGGCACUACCAGUACCUGAGUUGGCCGGACCACGGGGUCCCCAAUGAGCCCGGCGGCGUCCUCUGGUUCUUAGAGGAGGUCAACCGCACCCAGAGUACCAUUCCAGACACUGGACCCAUCGUCGUCCACUGCAGUGCAGGCAUCGGCAGGACAGGCACCAUUAUCGUCAUUGACAUCCUAAUUGACGUUAUUAACCGCCAAGGUCUAAAUUGUGACAUCGACGUCCCGAAGACCAUCCAGAGGGUCAGGCAGCAGAGGUCCGGCAUGGUGCAGACAGAGGCCCAGUAUAAGUUCAUCUACAUGGCUGUGCAGCAGCACAUAGACACGGCUCAGAAGAGACUGGAGGAGGAGCAGAGGAGUAAGUUGAAGGAGGGGGAAUAUUCCAAUAUCAAAUACCCCCAGAUGACCAACUCGAGGCCCAAGCCCAACAUGACAUCAUCGCGCUCUUCUUCUGUGAUGACAAAUGAUGAUUUGUCCAGUGUGUACGAGAACAUUAACUACAAAAGCCCUCAGACGUCUUUUAGCAGCAACACCAGGAGAUAAAACGCUGUCCACAUCUCUCUUUCCAGCGGAGAUGUCGCUUCAUCAGCGCCUGACAAUCCCACGAGGGAGUGUGUCACUCUGACUGCACCCCACAUCAGUGGACCCUGCCUGGGCUGAAGGUGGUGAGCUGACCCCUCCCUCCGGCUGCCGUCCUGCUGGACCUCUCUGUC